UCCCGGCGGGCGGCCGCGCUCCCCAGUCAUGCAGGUCGCCGGCCCCAGCAUGAGAGAGGCGGCCUCCAUGUACGGCACGGCGGUGGCCGUCUUCCUGGUCAUCCUGGUGGCCGCGCUGCAGAGCUCGGCACCCCCCAAGAGUCCGUUUCCCUACCGCAUCCCCCUGGAUCCCGAGGGGUCCCUGGAGCUCUCCUGGGAUAUCAGCUACGUGAACGAGAUGGUCUACUUCCAGCUCCUGGUGCGGGAGCUCAAGGCCGGCGUCCUGUUCGGGAUGUCGGACCGCGGCGAGCUGGAAAAUGCUGACCUGGUCGUGCUCUGGACCAGCGGAGACAGCGCCUACUUUGGGGAUGCCUGGAGUGACCAGUGGGGACAGAUUCACCUGGAUUUCCGGCAGGAUUACCAGCUGCUGAAGGCGCAGAGAACCGCGGAAGGCCUGAGCCUGCUCUUCAAGAGGCCCUUUGACACCUGUGACCCCAAGGAUUACCUCAUCGAGGAUGGCACCGUCCACCUGGUGUACGGGAUUUUGGAGGAGCCGUUCCGGGCGCUGGAGGCCAUCAACAUCUCGGGGCUGCAGACGGGGCUGCAGAGGGUACAGCUGUUAAAGCCCAACAUCUCCGUCCCGGCCUUGCCCGCCGACAAGCGCACCAUGGAGAUCCGUGUCCCAGACAUCCUGAUCCCCAACCAGGAGACCACCUACUGGUGCCACGUCGUUGAACUUCCAGAUGGUUUCACGAAGCACCACAUCGUCAUGUACGAGCCCAUCGUCACUGAGGGCAAUGAGGCGCUGGUGCACCACAUGGAGGUCUUCCAGUGUGCCGCCCAGUUCGAGACCUUCCCCCGGUUCAGCGGGCCCUGCGAUUCCAAGAUGAAGCCCCAGCGGCUCAACUACUGCCGACACGUGCUGGCCGCCUGGGCCCUGGGCGCCAAGGCCUUUUACUACCCGGAGGAAGCAGGCCUUGCCUUUGGGGGUGCCGGGUCCUCCAGAUUUCUCCGUCUGGAAGUUCACUACCACAACCCACUGAUGAUCCAAGGCCGUCGCGACUCCUCGGGCAUCCGCCUGUACUACACGGCCACGCUGCGCCGUUUCGACGCGGGCAUCAUGGAGCUGGGGCUGGUGUACUCGCCCGUGAUGGCCAUUCCCCCGCGGGAGAGCAACUUCGUCCUCACCGGCUACUGCACGGACAAGUGCACCCAGGUGGCCCUGUCUCCCUCGGGGAUCCACAUCUUUGCCUCUCAGCUGCACACACACCUGGCGGGGCGGCAGGUGGUCACCGUGCUGGUCCGGGGCGGCAGAGAGAGGGAGGUUGUGAGCAAGGACGACCACUACAGCCCUCACUUCCAGGAGAUCCGCAUGUUGAAGAAGCCGGUGUCUGUGCACCAGGGGGACGUGCUCAUCACUUCUUGUACAUACAACACGGAAGACAGGAAUCUGACCACCUUGGGGGGCUUUGCUAUCACGGAGGAGAUGUGCGUCAACUACAUCCACUACUACCCCCUGACACAGCUGGAGCUCUGCAAGAGCACCGUGGACCCGGGUUUCCUGCAGAAGUAUUUCCACCUGGUGAACAGGUUCAAUGAUGAGGAAGUGUGCACCUGCCCCCAGGCCUCUGUCCCUGAGCAGUUUGAGUCGGUGCCCUGGAACUCCUUCAAUCGCGAGAUGCUCAGGGCCCUGUAUGGCUUUGCCCCCAUCUCCGUGCACUGCAACAAGUCUUCGGCCGUUCGCUUCCAGGGCGAAUGGAAUCUGCAGCCCCUUCCUGAGAUUGUCCUCAAGCUAGAAAAGCCCAGCCGUCACUGCCCAGCCAGCCAGGGGCAGGGCCCCUCCGGCCUCACCGUGGUCAGCAUCGGCGGGGGCAGAGAUUGAGUGGGGGACGGUCUCUCGCUCCCAGCUCGGCGCCGUGGCUGUGGAAUCACACCAGCUCUGUGCACCCCCACUCUUUGAAGACCCCCUGCGGGACAGCUCUGUGUGCCCAGGAUGAAUGGGCAGAGCCAGCCCCUGCCUGAGACCACGGUCCAUUCUAGCGUUUGCCCCUCAAGGAUCCCCCUGCAUGGCCGAGAGGGUCCUGUGAGAGUCCCUUUGACCCACCUGGGACUGGGGCGACCAAGGCCUUCUCUGCACUCCCCUGGGUGGCCCAGAGCCCCACCUACCGCACUGGGAGGGGCUGGUCCUAGCUGCGGGGCAGACCCCCCCACGGCCCCCCGUGUCCCCAGCCCCCAGCGACGGCGAUCUGUGUUGGUGCAUUGGGUACAUGUGCUACUUAAACAUUU